AUGCCCGCGCCCACAGGCUCCCCUACAAAAAGAUCAGAGAAAUGCUCCCCUGCAGCACCUCCCGGCGGAGAUGAGCCCCCGCUAUCGCACAGUGGGUGCCGAGAAACAACAUCAGGCAUAGAUGUUUCUGCGGCCGGUUUGCGGAAAGGUAGCACUGCUACAGCCCCGACUCCUGCGGAAAGCCGCGGUGCCAUCGUCCCGCGCGGCGAGUCUCGUGCCGCGGUGCGCCCCCGCUCGCCUGCCCCAGCUCAGCAUAGCAGCGGUGCUCUCAUCCCCUUCAACCCAACAACGCGCUGCAUUGCUAUUGGCGCCGCCAAGGCCGGCAUCUCCAUCGCGGACGGCCUUCUUCUCUCCAGCAGCACUGUCCUCAACCCGGUCAUCUCGGCAUCACUUGUUGUUUACGAGUCGGUUAAGGUAUUACAGGCGUACCGCGACGGCAACCUCACCGCCCUUGGUUAUCGCACCACCAAGGGCGACGUCGCGCUACACAUCGGAAAAGAGUUGACCACGAUGGGCUUCGGUAUGGCCAUCGGUCACGGCGUAGGCGCCCUCAUCGGUCUCAGCGCGAUCCCCGUGGCUGGCCAGCUCGCUGUGACGACGGUUCUAUCCGUUGGGCUGGGCAUCUGCGUCGGUACGCUUCUGACGCACUAUGUCGAUCGCUUCAUGGCGCGCCUCCAGCUUCGCAACCAGUAUGGCUACCCCGUGGAUGAGCGCGGCGCGCGCCGCCGCUUUGAGGUGCUGAUGGAGCGCCGCCACGACCUGUCCACACUGGGGACGUG